AACACCAGAAGAAUAAGAAGAAGCACAGAAACUCCACAUAGCCUCUCACGGGAGACAGUCCCUAAGGUUCUUUACAAUGUAGCUAGCUAAAACAGUAGGCGAUGUGUCUGCGGGUAGUCUCACUAUCAGUACUUUUGGUAAACCAGAUGAUAUUUUCUUUAAAGAUUGUGGCUUUCUGAAGUUUCACAUUCCUGAGGCCUAUUCAUCUUUUUCACAGAAGACUACCCGAAGCAAAAUCUUCUCCUACUAUAAUAUGUUUGCUGACAAAACCUUUUGUGCAUCAAGAAAAAAGACUUUUAUUCAGGUUAUUUUUAUGGUUUACUGGAUGACUUAUUAAUAAGCCCACAACAGUGAUCUUGCUCUGUGUGUCUUAACCGCAAGCUGAGGUUAUGUGCUCUUUGUUUCCUUUUUAUUAAUAUUCUUGAAAAUACCUGGCCAUGAGGUUGUGCAUGGCAGUGUUUAAGUUUUUCAGAAAGGGAAAAUACUUGCUGCUUAUACUGCUAGCAUUGUCUGUUCUGGCUUGGAUUGCUACCUCUGGUAGUGACACGGUACAGGAUGCACUAAGAUCAUCUGGGACCCAGUCAAAUGUCCAGUAUAUUGUCCACCGAGGAGAAAAGAACUCCAAGGAUGCUAUGUCUCACGAUAGCUCCCAUCGUGUCACUUCCUCUUCACCCCGUCAGCACUGUACACAGCCAUCCCCAUUACUUCAGGGUGCCCUGAAGCUCUCCUUCCACCCCUCCUUAACACUCAAGGAGGUAGAGAGGGAGAACAGCAAAGUGGUGGAGGGUCAGUACCAUCCUGUGGACUGCAUAGCCCAGCAGAGUGUGGCCAUUCUCAUUCCCCAUCGCAGCCGGGAGAAGCACCUUCGCUAUCUCCUACACUACUUGCAUCCUUUCCUACAGAGGCAGCAGUUGCAUUAUGCCAUCUAUGUCAUUCAUCAGGCUGGAAAUUUAACGUUCAACCGAGCAAAGCUGCUGAAUGUGGGAUACCUGGAGGCUCUGAAGGACUACAGCUGGGGCUGCUUCAUUUUUCACGAUGUGGACCUGGUUCCAGAGAAUGACAACAAUCUCUAUAUGUGUGAACAACAACCAAAACACCUUGUGGUGGGAAGGAAUGCCACAGGUUAUAAGUUGCGAUACAAAGGCUACUUUGGAGGAGUAACAGCUAUGACGAAGGAGCAGUUUUUUAAAGUUAAUGGAUUUUCCAACGUUUACUGGGGGUGGGGUGGAGAAGACGAUGAUCUUCGUAUACGGGUAGAGCUUCAAAAAAUGAAAAUUGUGCGCCCUCCCCCUGAAGUAGCCCGCUACACAAUGGUCUUCCAUAAGAGAGACAGUGGCAAUGAGGUCAACAAAGACAGGAUGCGCUUGCUGGGACAGACACCGAGAGUGUGGAGGCAAGAUGGACUCAAUACCUGCUCCUACAAAAUGCUUUCUGUGGAAAAGUCAAAACUCUAUAUAAAUAUCACUGUCGACAUUGGCAAACCAUAGUUCCAGCCCUGAAGUAACCAUGGCGCCAAAAACCUCAAGUAUUUUUCAAUGGAAAUUGAAUUUUUAAGCUUUUUAACACGUCUGUUUGGGGAAGAGGUAGUAGAUUGCUCAUAUAAAUUCCGACUUCAUUUAAAGUUACACUACAUCAAAAAAAACCCUUUGAGAUUAUAAGCUUCUUGCCUUCAUUGUCAAGGAAACCAAUUUAGAUUUUGUUUCAGAAAAAUGUAUAC